AUGAUCGUGCUAUCCGUCGGGUUGACAGCCCUUUUACUUGGUGCAUGGUACACCGGAUACGUCGCCUGCCGCCAGGUCCACACCGUCACAACUACGGAAACCACCUUCCGUGGCCAGGUGGUAACGCGGGCACCGCCUAGCCCGACAUCUUCCCUAGCAGCUGCAGGCCGUGGCCGCGGGCGUGGCCGCGGCGGUCGAGCCGCCGGCACCUUCGCUGGCAGGGGAAAGCCGUCAAAUGUGUUAAUACACGGCAGUAAACCCUCUUCUUCUUCUUCUUCUUCUUCUUCCGCCGCCGCCGCCACGGAAGCGGCAGCGGUCCCGGAACGCUAUGCCGUACUCAUCGACGCGGGCAGCUCCGGAAGCCGCGUCCACGUGUACAGCUACCGUCCGGCGGCGCGAUCCCGCCGGGGCCACACGGCAGCAGCUACGGCGCCGUACCCUGUCGUACGGCUUCCGGGUCAGAUUCAUCGGGUGACCCCGGGGCUGUCCGAGUUUGCUCCUGAGGGGGAGGGAGUGGUGGAGUCCCUCCAGCCUCUCAUCACAUUUGCGCAGCAGCAGGUUCCCCCCCGCCUCCACACCUCCACCCCCAUCCGCCUGCUGGCCACCGCCGGCCUCCGGCUGCUUCCCGAGGAGCAGCGGGAGGCGGUGCUGGCGGCCGUGAGGGCACUGCUGGGGGGAAGCGGGUUUCGGUUCCGAGCGGAGUGGGUUCGUGUGAUCUCGGGGGAUGAGGAGGGGCUGUUCGCGUGGGUGGGGAUAAACUACGCGGCGGGCAGGUUGCAGGCACUCGCUCGGGAGGCGGCCUCCAGCCCCCGCCGCAGGGACCCGGGGGUGAUGGCGGGGAGGGCGGCGGCCACGACACUUGCCGUACUGGAACUGGGGGGAGCGUCCAUGCAGUUGACACUGAUGCCCUGGGAGGCCCUGCCCCGGGGACUGGGCACCCGAUUGAAGCUACCCGGGGUGGAUCGGCCCCUCUACACACACAGCUUCCUGGGGUACGGCUUGCAAGUGGCAUGGUUUCGGGAGGCCAUGCUCGUACAGCAGGGGGGCGACAACGCCACCGACCCCUGCCUGCACCCAGGCUACUCAUCCUAUCAGUCGGGUGUGGUGGGCAGCGGCUCCUUUGCAGACUGCGCAGCCCUGGCGGAACAGCUAAUCAUGGUGAGCACUUCGUCCGCUACCUCCACAGCCACCGCCGGGAGUAGCAGUAGCAGUAAUGGCGGUUGUAGCUACGAGCGGUGCUCCAUUGGUGGCGAGUACUUGCCGCUGCUGGCCCCUGAGAAGCGUACGGGAGGGUACGGCAGCGCUGCGCUGCUGGAUCCGGGAUCUGGCGGUUAUUUGAUUAUGGCAACGGAGAGCUUUUACUUCACUAUGGAUCGGUUGGGUCUCCCCGCCAACGCCUCCCUGGAGUCCCUCCGUACGGCAGGCACACGGUUUUGCUCCCGCCCCUGGAGUGAUGUUGAGCAGGAGCUGGUGGUGGGAAGAGGUGUGAGUGAGGAGCACAUCCUCAAGGUGUGUUUUGGAUCCGCCUACAUCUACACGCUGCUCCGCCAGGGGUUCCACAUGGGCCCCCGGGAGGCGGCGUACCUGAGGUUCUCUAAUGCGGUGGAGCGACCUGAUGGAUCCAGGGUGGAAGUCAACUGGGUCCUGGGGGCCUUAAUGCAUCAGAGAAGCACUUAA